GAGGCUGGCCGGAGGAGGAGGAGGGGUUCGGCACUAAAGCCGCCGCUUGCUAACGGAGGGUGGUCCGCCUCGGGAUUCACAGAUAAGGGUGAAGGAUGCAGCUGCGCAGAGCUGGUUGAUCGUCGCUGGUGAGGUUGUUCAGAUGCUCGAAAACGAUGUGAGUGGUAGAGAUAUGUAGUCCGUCGUCAGGAUCGGGCUCCGGGUCGGGCUCGGGAUGGAAUGUGCAUGAAGUGAGUGAAUGAGGGACGGACGAGGCAGUCUUGGUGGGGCAGGGCGCCCUCCAAGCUUAGCUCCGCGGGGUGUCUUCGGUACGUACCCUUCGGGUGCGCGUGAGCCUGGGCUGGGUCCCGCUGACGUAGUUUCACUCAAGAGCCCGUGGAACCGACCCUCGAAAACUGGACUUGAACAGCAAGUAAUCUGCAGCAUGGUGGUAAACAAAGGGGGAAAACAAAUCGCACAAAAAAUUGAAGAGUUGUCACUUGGCUUCUAUCUUGCCCAUCAAAGUUUCGGGUCCGGCAAGGCACAUGGUUGGAGAAUAUCACCCAACUUCAAGGUACCUGACUGCUGACAAGUCCCCUUGGACCUCUCUGAACAGCGAGCUUUGGGAUGUCAGGACAUCUGACGAAACAAAGCUCGCACAAACGCUGGAAGCACAAGCC